AUGCCGCGAAAACGUCCGCUGGAGGACCUCAGCGGUCCCGGACAACGACGCAGACGGGAGCAGGCACGACAAGCAAAGAUGUGCAAGGCUGCAGGGAUGUUUAUCAGAAGCACGCUCGAGAAAGGCAUCGAGGGCUUGAGAAACGAAUUCCACCGUAAUCCUCGCAUCUACGAUACGGCCAAGUGCACGGUGAGCGGCCGCAAUCCGAAGCUGAACAGAUACAAGUAUGUCGGUUGCCACGAUCACAACCGCGUGCACGUUUUCGGCGCCAACCCCGACGAGUACAUCCACGCGAACUACGUCGGCACCGAGAGGAACCCGAAGCGCUUCAUCUGCACCCAGGGGCCGAUGGAGACGACGUGCGCCGACUUCUGGAGGAUGGUCAUGCAGCAGAAUGUCGAGUCGAUCCUGAUGCUGUGCGAGUUCGAGGAGCAGAACAGGCCAAGGUGCGCCAAAUACUACCCGGACCAGAAGGGACAAGAUAUGAUCUUCCGAACAAGUCAUCCGGCCCUGAUCGUCGUGAAUUCAGAAGGUCCAAUUUUGAAGGAGUUCUCAUGCAGGCGCGGGGAGCCGGAAGUCGUGGUUCAUGUCCGCAAGUUGAAGGUGCGCGACAUCAACUCCGAGUUAAACGUCGAACACUACCAUUUGCGCUUCUGGCCGGACCGCGGCGCUCCUCCUCCCAUCGCCCGUUUCCCGAUUGCACUUCUCGACAAGAUGUCUGCACAAGCAAAUCGGCGGACGAGUCCGAGUCCGAUCGUUGUCCACUGCUCGGCUGGCGUUGGGCGCGUCGGUCCGCUCGUGCUGAUGCAAAGAAUUCUGGAGCUGGUUAGGCUCGGCGAGGAUUUCAAGGUUGAGGACCUGCUAAAGGAGAUGAGGCAGAGUCGCGCGGGCCUGGUCCAGACGGCGCACCAGUACUACUACGUCCACGCCGUGCUCCUCGAAUAUUUUAUGGGCGUCGGCCACUCGCGCCGCUCGGCUCCGUCCUCUCCACUGCCCCAAAUGACGCGAUCUAGUUGCAAGAAACCAAUGUCAUGGACGCGGGUACGAGAAGAGUGGAGUCGUCAGGAUGCCGGGGUCUUUAUCAGACGCACGCUCGACAAAGGCAUCGACGGCUUGAGAGAAGAAUUCAACCGGAACCCUCGCAUCUACGAUACGGCCAAGUGCACGGUGGGCUGCCGCAAUCCGGAGCUGAACAGAUACAAGGAUAUCAGUUGCCACGAUCACAACCGCGUGCACGUUGUCGGCGCCAACCCCGACGAGUACAUCCACGCAAACUACGGGCCGAUGGAGGCGACGUGCGCCGAUUUCUGGAUGAUGGUCAUCCAGGAGAAGGUCGAGAGGAUCCUGAUGCUGUGCGAGUUCGAAGAGCAGAACAGGCCAAGGUGCGCCAAAUACUACCCAGAGCAGCAAGGACAACAAAUGACCUUCCAAACAAGUGGUCAGGGCCCGAUCGUCAUCACGAAUUCUGAGGGUCCAAUUGUGAAAGAAAUCAAAUACACGAAUACGAGCAGCCCAGACGUGGUGGUUGAUAUCCGCAUGUUGAAGGUGAACGGCCUGAACUCCGAGAUCGUCGUCAAACACUACCAUUGGCGCUUCUGGCCGGACCGUGGCGCUCCUCCUCCUUUCCCUCUUGUGAUUCGUAUGCUCGAGAAGCGGUAUUCGAAACAAAACCCGAUCGUUAUCCACUGUUCGGCCGGCGUUGGACGCAUCGCGCGCCAAGGAUUUAAGGUCGAGGACCUGCUAAAGGAGAUGAGGCAGAGUCGCGCGGGCCUGGUCCAGACGGUGCACCAGUACUACUACUUCCACGCGGUGCUCCUCGAAUAUUUUGCCAAGCAAAAGCCCUACCAAUGUCCACUCGGUAACCGUCAGGCGGAUUUCGACAAGUUCAUGGCGGACUACACGAAGGCGGUCGCCCAGGUCGACAACAACAAGUCCACGAUGUCGUACCUGCCGAGUUCCGACGUGAAGAAAGCCACC